UUACUAAAUACUUUUAAUAUAUUUUCAUUGAAUAUUUUAAAUCUUAAGCGUGAAAGGAAACUGUAUAGAGUUUGAUAUUAAAUCUCUUUAAUCUCCAUAAAUGGUAUAUCUACAUAGGUGGUUCAAAAUCGAUCGGUAGUUAUGAGAUGUUUGUAGGUAUGUUGUGAGAGUCAGUCGCGAAGUGUUCUAUAUUUGGGUGAAAGACUGGCUGUAUCGAUGUCCCGGACGUCCUGCGCACGCCCGGAGCAGCUCGUCCCGGAGAUUUGCACCCAGUUCAAUCGAAGCCUCCCACUUAGUGCAUUCCAGACUUGGGCAGUGCAUUCGUUGUUUCAUUUCGGCACUGUGACUUUUUAAAAGUGAUUUCAUUCAAUUAGUCGACCUUGUUAACGCCUGGAUUUAUUAGGAAGAUCUUAAUUGUUGAAAUCGCGCAAUCAAAACCAAAAUGGGUAAGGAAAAGACGCACAUUAACAUCGUCGUAAUCGGCCACGUCGACUCUGGCAAGUCGACCACCACUGGCCACUUGAUCUACAAGUGUGGUGGUAUUGACAAGCGUACCAUCGAAAAGUUCGAGAAGGAGGCCCAAGAAAUGGGCAAGGGUUCAUUCAAGUAUGCUUGGGUAUUGGACAAAUUGAAAGCGGAACGUGAGCGCGGUAUUACUAUCGACAUCGCCCUGUGGAAGUUCGAAACCGCUAAAUAUUAUGUCACCAUCAUUGACGCACCCGGUCACAGGGAUUUCAUCAAGAACAUGAUUACUGGAACGUCUCAAGCUGAUUGUGCAGUUCUGAUCGUGGCAGCCGGUACUGGUGAGUUUGAAGCUGGUAUAAGCAAGAACGGCCAGACGCGUGAGCACGCUCUGCUUGCCUUCACGCUCGGCGUGAAGCAGUUGAUUGUUGGUGUUAACAAGAUGGAUUCCACCGAACCUCCGUAUCACGAGGCGCGUUACGAGGAAAUCAAGAAGGAAGUGUCUUCUUAUAUCAAAAAGAUUGGCUACAAUCCGGCGACGGUGGCUUUUGUGCCCAUCUCGGGCUGGCACGGCGACAACAUGCUGGAGCCGUCCGACAAGAUGCCCUGGUUCAAGGGAUGGACCAUCGACCGCAAGGACGGCAAGGUCGAGGGCAAGACCCUUAUCGAGGCUCUGGACGCGAUUCAGCCUCCCUCUCGUCCCACCGAGAAGCCUCUCAGGCUUCCGCUGCAGGACGUGUACAAGAUCGGCGGCAUCGGAACCGUGCCCGUCGGCCGGGUCGAGACCGGCAUACUGAAGCCUGGCAUGGUGGUCGUGUUCGCGCCGGCCGCCAUAACCACCGAAGUGAAGUCCGUUGAGAUGCACCACGAGGCCCUGCAGGAGGCCAUGCCCGGAGACAACGUGGGCUUCAACGUCAAGAACGUGUCGGUGAAGGAGUUGCGCCGCGGUUACGUGGCCGGAGACUCCAAGAACUGCCCGCCCAAGGGAGCCGCCGACUUCACUGCACAGGUAAUAGUGCUGAACCACCCGGGGCAGAUUAGCAACGGGUACACGCCCGUGCUGGACUGCCACACUGCGCACAUCGCCUGCAAGUUCGCCGAGAUCAAGGAGAAGUGCGACCGUCGUACCGGUAAGACUACCGAAGUGGAGCCGAAAUCGAUCAAGUCCGGGGACGCGGCCAUCGUGACUUUGGUGCCGACCAAGGCGCUCUGCGUCGAGUCGUUCCAGGAGUUCCCGCCCCUCGGCCGCUUCGCCGUGCGCGACAUGCGCCAGACCGUCGCCGUCGGCGUCAUCAAGAGUGUGACCUUCAAGGAGGUUACUACAGGCAAAAUCACUAAGGCCGCGGAGAAGGCCCAGAAGAAAAAAUAACUAUGGGGCACUUCAACGAAUAAAUCGCAGCCGGUAGCCAUCUCCCGCAGUGCUGCGAGCCCCUCUCCCUCAACCUCUUCCCCUACGAGACCCAUCCGCAAACCCGAUUUCCUCUCGGUUCCCGAGGCACCCCUUCUUCGUACCCACCCUCCUCCAGAUGUAGGUGUAUUUUGGGAUGCGGAGAGCUCAUUCGGUUCUGAAUCGGAUGACGAUCUAUCACCGCACAGCCUCCUCAGUAGUGUUCCCUCAUCGUACUCCCCCCAUCGGAGCUUCUUCAGUGGUGACAUCGACAUCCCCGACUCGUGCAUUUAUCAGAACAAGAUACUCAAGUUUAUUCGUUUUAGUUAUUAUUACAUGUUAAGUUUAUGUAUUUGUGCUUAUUUUAGGCGUAAGUUACUCACCAAGUCUGAGUUUCCGUACUCUCGUUACGUUUUAUUUUUCCAUCGCAAGGAAUUCAGGAGGAAAGGCGCGAUAGACGAAAUUGAAUCUUUAGACCUUAUUGAUCGCGUGACGUUGAUAUUUGAGAUUUUGUCGUACCAAUGUCUCAUCACAAAAGUACUCAAGUGUAUAUUCUCCACUCUGUUUCUAGUUUCCGUGGGUAUUUUGGUUCGUAUGCUCUUCGACUACGUUACCUGUCCCGCUCACGAAAAGAGCGAUUUUGAUGAUUUAUUACAGCAUGACGACGUAAUUUUAAAUACCUAGUUUUGUCAUAAAGUUAUAAACUUAUUUAAGAUUAAUCUUUUCCAUACUUCAGUAGGUAAAAAUAAAAAGUUAUUUUCUUAAGAUUGAACAUGUGUAUGUAAGUAGAAGAUAAACAUCAGAGUGUAGAAAUGAGGGUGGUUGGUUCUAAACUGACUUCCCAUAGUUGAUUUUAGACGUACGUUAUAAAGCGUUAAGAACGUUUUGAUAGAAAUUGAGGAAUUUGUAAAGUGAAAUGUAAUUUAUGUUCCUAGUUUAAUCUAUACUCUUAUAUUUUAUAAAAUUAAUUCGCCUGUUAACGGUAAAGACGCAAAGGUUUAAACAUUCAAUUUGAAUUUCGAUAACUGUUUAGAUUUACAUAGGUACGGAGAGAACUCAAUCUUAUUAAGCUAAAUGUAUCUUUGUAAUUUUUUCAAUAAUUUUGUAAAGACCUUGAUCCUGAUAAACCAAUAAAGAAGCUACUGGUA